CAUAAACUUCACCAGCUUUGCUUCGAGGUUUUUUGGGGAAAUUAUUGUAAAAUGCAGUCUCCUCGUAAACCCCUUGCGGCAGUGAAUGACACCAUUUCUCCGAUAAAGAAUCUCACCAUUAAAGACCAAGAGAACACACCUGAAAGCCCGACUCGGAUCCUUUCCAACAAGCUCUUCGAUGAUGCACAACUUGAGCCACUCCAAUACAAAGCUGGAAAAGAUCCUAAGGUUUUUGAUGAGCCACUUCUGAGAGAGAACCCAAAACGCUUUGUGAUUCUGCCAAUCCAGUAUCAUGAUAUCUGGCAAAUGUACAAGAAGGCUGAGGCAUCAUUCUGGACAGCUGAAGAGGUGGACCUUUCCAAAGACAUGCAGGAUUGGCAAUCUUUAACACAGGAUGAGCGAUACUUCAUAUCCUAUGUCCUGGCUUUUUUUGCAGCUAGUGAUGGGAUUGUAAUUGAGAACUUGGUGGAAAGAUUUACCCAGGAAGUGCAAUUGGCAGAGGCUCGUUGCUUCUAUGGAUUCCAAAUUGCAAUAGAAAACAUACAUUCUGAAAUGUACAGUCUCCUUAUCGACACCUACAUUAAGGAUCCCGUGGAAAGGGAUUUCCUCUUUAAUGCAAUUACAACUCUACCUUGUGUGAAAAAGAAGGCUGAAUGGACACUGCGCUGGAUAAGUGAUAAACAAUCAACCUAUGGUGAGCGUUUGGUGGCCUUUGCAGCUGUCGAAGGGAUCUUUUUCUCGGGCUCCUUUGCUUCUAUAUUCUGGCUGAAGAAACGUGGGCUGAUGCCUGGACUCACAUUCUCAAAUGAGCUAAUCAGUAGAGAUGAAGGUUUGCACACUGACUUUGCCUGUCUCUUGUUUACCCAUCUUGUGCACAAGCCAUCAGAGGAUAGAGUUCGGGAGAUCAUUAUAGAUGCUGUCAAGAUUGAGCAGGAAUUCUUGACUGAUGCGAUACCAGUGGACCUGAUUGGCAUGAACAGCACUUUGAUGAAGCAGUACAUUGAGUUUGUAGCUGAUCGGCUUCUACUCGAACUUGGCUUUAAGAAGAUCUUUAAAUCUGAAAAUCCAUUUGAUUUCAUGGAGCAUAUUUCAUUAGAAGGAAAGACUAACUUCUUUGAGAAGAAAGUUGGAGAAUACCAGAAGAUGGGAGUUAUGGCAAAGCCAAAAGAAAAUACCUUUCGACUGGAUGCUUCAUUUUAGAAAUUCUUGUACCAUAGAGUAGUUGCCAUCUGAUUUUACGAAGGAGCUGACAUGGUAACUUUUUAGAAUAAGCAAACUGCAUUUUAGACUGAAACUAAAAGAUCUACAGUUAAGCCAUUUUAAAGGCAAUAUUAAGCUAUGAUUUAUCUCCUUACUAUGUAAAGAAGCCAUACAGAACAAAAUGUUUGAAACUAAGAACUCUUAUGGAAUUUGGUACACACCUAUGGACACUAUUUAUAUAGAAUAAUCUUAUGUUAUUAACUUAGAAUAUAAAUAAAGCUUUUUGUAUUGAAACCUG